AUGUUCGACUACGUGGCGCGUCAAUACCGAUGGUACAAGCUGGAGUUCGGGCUGACGAUGCUGAGCUGGUGGGAGGUCUCGAUCUUCAACAGUUUUCUACUGCUCGUCACCAGCGUGACUGGCUACUACGUCUACAGCUUGGGCCGCCACGUCAUUGGGCUUAUACACUAG